GAAGCCCGCCUGUCUCUCUCUGCCUCUCUGAUCCUCCGAGCGGUGCUUGUGGGAGCUCCUCAGACCGGGGUGAGCUCUGCUGGUCUCCAGUCGCCUUCCCUGCACUGCAAGAGGACGACAAGUAUAGGAGGAGGAGGAGGGGGUGUCCUUCCUUUUGCCCUGAGCGAAAGAAGGGAAAACAAGGAGAGAAAGUGAGUGCAGGGAGAAAUAAUAAGGGAGCAAUGAUGAGGGGAAGAGAGAGAAGUCAAGAAGAGAGAGAGUAAGCGGGAGGGAGGGAGUAGAACAAGACUGCAGACACUCGCCCACUGUCACUGCUCCACAGCCAGAGGACAGCAGAGCAAGCGGGCGCGAUGGAGGAGGGACUCGCUACCGUCCAUCUGCAGCUCUGCCCCCGCCGCUGACCGCCUCCCUGUGGGACCGCAAGUUUGGAGCGAUCACGUUCCAAGAAAACAACUCGUCCUUGAAUGGACGGAGCGCUGGACCACAACUCCUGCCGCUCGUUAUUGUAAACUUGUAAACUGCCUUCUUGUCUGAGUGGAUUUACUUUUACCUGUGGACCAUGGGGCUUCGGUGGAAAGGUGCAGGCACCUUUGGAAAAAGGACAGAAAGGAGCUGGUACCUUCUGGUGACAUUGCUGCUCUUCUGGUGUUUCUGGAAGGUUCACGCACAGACGGAUGAUGACGGAAGGUCCUACUACUUCUGGGAAACAGGUCCGUGGGGGCGGUGCAUGGGCAGUGACUGCGGCCCAGGUGGCAGUCAGAGUCGGGCGGUGUGGUGUGCCCAUGUAGAUGGCUGGACCACACUCUACAACAACUGUGAGCAGACGGAGCGCCCGUCCAACCAGAGGAACUGUUUCCGUGUGUGCGACUGGCACAAGGACCUUUACGACUGGAGACUCGGUGCCUGGAACGAAUGCGUCUCUGUCUCGGCACGGACUUUUGGAAGCCUGCGUCCAGCGACGUGCAGCGGCGGUGAGGAGGGCAUUCAGACCCGGGUCGUGGAUUGUAUUCUCAAAUCAGACGGGUCGCUGGCGGAUGACACCAUCUGUGAAUACUUUGAGCCCAAGCCGCGACUGGAGCAGGCGUGCCUCAUCCCGUGCCCACAGGACUGCGUAGUGUCGGAGUAUUCUCCAUGGACUUCCUGCUCCAAAACAUGUGGGACCGGUCUCCGGAACCGAGUCCGGAGCGUCCUGGUACCUCCUCUUUUCGGGGGAGCUUUGUGUCCCAACCUCACUGAGUUCCAGUCUUGCAAACCAGGCCCCUGCAAAGGACCUGAGAACAUGUACAGCCUCAAAGUUGGACCAUGGACUCCUUGUGUCCUUCAGGAGACACGGACGACCCGUCAAGCCAAACGAAGGAAAGGGAAAGGCGAAGGAGGAAGAGAGAAAUCUGGAGUCAAGGAUCCUGAGACGAGGGAGCUCAUCCAGAAGAAGCGAAAUAGGAACCGCCUUAACCGGCAGGAGAGUCCAUUCUGGGACAUCCAGGUGGGCUACCAGACGCGGGAUGUGGUCUGCGUCCACAGGAAUGGGAGCACGGUCGGGCGCAGCUCGUGCGCCCAGAGAGACGUCCCUCCCACCAUCCAGUCCUGCGUCCUCCCCAAAGACUGCCAACUGACCGACUGGACCGACUGGAGCCCCUGUUCCAAAACCUGCCAAGACCCCCAGUCCCUCCGAGGAAACCGCACCCGAACCAGGACGGUGCUGCAGUUCCCUGUGGGAGAGGGGGAGGAGUGUCCCCCGCUGGAGGAGACGGAGCCCUGUGGACCUCAAGGGGAGAGCACCCCGCCCUGCGCCGCCUUCACCUGGAGGACCACAGAGUGGGGUGACUGCCGGGUGGACCUGUUGCUAAGCCAGCAGGACCGUCGGCGUGGCAACCUGACGGGCCUGUGUGGAGGAGGACUGCAGACCAGAGAGGUCUACUGUGUCCAGGCCAACGCUGAGCUGCUGGAUUACCUCGCCGACCUGCGAGAGAAAGACAAAGCUUCCCAACCUGUGGAGAACCAGCUCUGUGAAGGCCCCAUCCCAAACAGGUCCCAGCUGUGCCAGAUCGCCUGCCCCACUGACUGUGAGGUGUCGCCCUGGGGGGCCUGGGGCCCCUGCACCUUCGAGAACUGCCAGGACCAAGCCGCCAAAAAAGGUUUCAAACUCCGUCGACGACAGAUCACCAACCAGCCCACGGGCGGGCCCGGCAGCUGCCCCCACCUGGUGGAGGCGCUGCCCUGCGAUGAGCCCACCUGCUACAGCUGGCGCCUGCUCAGUCUGGACCUGUGUGUGCCUGAUGACCAGAAACCAUGUGGCCCUGGGACACAACUGCCGCAGGUCCAGUGUGUCGACAGCAACGGAGCCACAGUGGACUCCAACCUUUGCUCCUCCGCUGCUGCUCAGGAGCCGGUUCCCUGCGAGGUGCCUUGCUCCAGGGACUGCGUGCUCAGUGACUGGACAUCCUGGUCCACCUGCUCCCAGACCUGUUCCAGCAAGACCAUGGAGGGGAAGCAGAUGAGGACUCGCUCUAUCCUGGCGUACAACGCCGGUGAAGGUGGCGCCCUCUGCCCUAACAGCAGUGCCCUGCAGGAGGUGCGGAACUGCAAUGAACAUGCCUGCACCGUCUAUCACUGGCAGACAGGUCCAUGGGGGCCUUGCACCGACGACCCUUCCACCUCAUCCCUCAACACGUCCUCUGGCAUUCGGACUGGCGGCGGCGGCGGGGCAGGGACCUGUGCCACCGGCAUGCAGACUCGCAAAGUCAUCUGUGUUCGCGUCAACGUGGGACAAGUGCCGCCAAAAAAGUGCCCAGACGGCCCCCGACCGAGCGCGGUCCGGUCCUGCCAGCUGCCCUGCAAGAAGGACUGCAUCGUGACCCCCUUCAGCGACUGGACUCCCUGCCCGGUCUCCUGUGAUGCCGCUGGUGUACCAGAGAAGAGGAAGCAGUCGAGAAAACGGCUGAUCAUCCAGCUGCCAUCCAACGGUGGACAGGAGUGUCCGGAGUUGCUGGAGGAGGAGCAGGAGUGCCAGGCCCCCAAGAUCUGUCCUGGAUUCAGGUGGAAAACCCACAAGUGGAGGAAGUGUCAGCUGGUCCCCUGGUCCCUCAGACAAGAGCGGCCUGGUGCCCAGGAGUCCUGCGGUCCUGGACUUCAGACGAGAGCCGUGUCGUGUCGCCAGCUGGACGGGACGCAGGCCGACAUCAGUGCGUGUCUGAAGUUUGCCAAGGCCAUGCCCCCCAUCACGCAGCGCUGCCAGCUCCCCUGCCAGGACGACUGCCAGCUCACCAACUGGUCCAAGUUCUCGUCCUGCACCGCCGACUGCGUGGGCGUGCGCACCAGGAAGAGGGCUCUGAUCGGUCGGAGCAAGAAGAAGGACAAGUGCAAGAACACGCAGAUGUACCCGCUCAGCGAGACCCAGUACUGCCCCUGCGACAAGUACAACGCUCAGCCGGUGGGCAACUGGUCCGACUGCAUCCUGCCCGAGGCGGCGCGGCUGGAGAGCACGCUGGGCCUGAAGGUGCAGGGCGACAUCAAGGAGUGCGGCCAGGGCUACCGCUACCAGGCCAUGGUGUGCUACGACCAGGACAGUCGCCUGGUAGAGACGUCGCGCUGCAACAGUCACGGUUACAUCGAGGAGGCCUGCAUCAUCCCGUGUCCCUCCGACUGCAAACUCAGCGAGUGGUCCAACUGGUCGCGCUGCAGCAAGUCCUGCGGCAGCGGGGUCAAAGUUCGCUCCAAGUGGCUGAGAGAGAAACCCUACAACGGAGGACGGCCCUGCCCCAAACUGGACCACAUCAACCAGGCUCAGGUGUACGAGGUGGUCCCCUGUCAGAGCGACUGUAACCAGUACGUCUGGGUGGCCGAGCCCUGGAGCGUGUGGAAGGUCAGCAACGUGGACCUGAAGGAGAACUGUGGAGAAGGAGUCCAGACCCGGAAAGUCCGGUGUAUGCUCAACACCAUAGAUGGACCCUCGGAGGCGGUGGAGGACUACCUGUGUGACCCGGAGGAGAUGCCCCUGGGCGCCCGGGAGAGCCGACUGCCCUGCCCUGAGGACUGUGUCCUCAACGACUGGGGCCCCUGGAGCCGCUGCAGCCUGCCCUGCGCCAGCACCAACAGCCGAGUGCGGACGGCGUACGCGCUGCGCUCUCCCACCUUGGGCAAGGAGUGUCCCGACACCAGCGACAAGGAGCCCUGCCGCCUCAACCUCAACUGCUACAACUACUUCUACAACAUCACAGACUGGAGCACCUGCCAGCUCAGUCCCAGUGCCGUGUGUGGCGGCGGGAUCAAGACCCGGAUGCUGGACUGCGUUCGCAGCGACGGGAAAUCCGUGGACUUGAAGUUUUGCGAGGAGCUGAACCUGGAGAGGAAGUGGCUGAUGAACAUUUCCUGUGUGGUGGAGUGUCCGGUCAACUGUCAGCUGUCCGAGUGGUCGUCCUGGUCUGAGUGUUCACAGACCUGUGGACUGGAAGGCAAGAUGUGGCGACAGCGCUCGGUGGUCCAGGCUCCUCAGGGUGAUGGCCGACCCUGCCCGAUCCAGACGGAACAGUGGAAGCCCUGUCCGGUCCAGCCAUGCUACCGCUGGCAGUAUAGCCCCUGGUCGGAGUGCCGUGUGGAGAGCGUGGUGUGCGGGCACGGCGUGCGCUACAGGAACCUGUCCUGUUUCGUCUCGGACGAGUCCAGCGACCUCAGCGGCGGCGGCCUGGUGGACGACGAGCGCUGCAGCGGUCUGGAGUUGGCCGUCAACGGAGACAAGAACAUUUCGCUGAAAGAAGUCUGCAUCCUGCCCUGUCCAGGAGAGUGCUACCUGAUGGAGUGGUCGGACUGGAGCUCCUGCGUCAGCAUCUGUGUCAGAGGUGCCGGGCUAGACUUUGGAUCCGUUCAGGUCCGGUCCCGGGCCGUGUUGGCCCAGGAGCCGGAGAACCUGCAGCUGUGCCCGGACCAGGCCUGGGAGUCCCAACCCUGCAGCGGAGGCGAGUGCUACGACUACAAAUGGCUCAGCAGCAGAGUCAACACCACGCGGCCGACCUUCUGGUGCCAGCGCUCCGACGGACUCAACGUCACCGGAGGAUGCCCCCCCCUCAACCCCUCGGUGGACAACAGCUCCUGCGACCCCCCCUGCCUCAUGCCAAAGUCCUUCUGCAACGAGGCGGGAGUGUGCAUGUGCGAGGAGGGCUUCACUGAAGUGCUGUCUCCCGCCGGGCUGCUGGACCAAUGUGCCCCCAUCCCCGUCCUGGAGAUCCCCACCGCCGGGGACAAGAAGGGUGAUGUGAAGACCAGUCGUGCCAUUAACCCCACACUGCCCUCCACCGUCCAGCCCGGACGCUCGGGCCGGACCUGGUACCUGCAGCCUUACGGACCAGACGGGAAGCUGAAGAUGUGGGUGUAUGGUGUAGCAGCCGGAGCUGUCGUGCUCCUCAUAUUCAUAGUGUCUAUGAUUUACCUCGCUUGCAAAAAGCCAAAGAGACCUCAGAGACAGCGGCAACAGAACAACCGGCUGAAGCCGUUGACUCUGGCCUACGACGGAGACACGGACAUGUAGCUGGGCCCGCCACCCCGAGACGCCGGGACGGAUGGAGCGGGAGUCCAACCCUGUUUGUUUUCCCCACCCUCCUCUUCCUCCACGCCUUCCUGACCUCCGUCUCAUUCCGAUGCCUUGUGUUUUUUGUUUUUUAAUGGGUGACAAACCAGCUUCCUCUCUGUCAACUCUUCCCCCGCACUUUCUUGUUUUUUUUUUUUUUUUUCUUCCCGAAAACUGCUGAGUAGCUGGAGGCUUAGGACUCUCUGACGGCUCGUACGUUGCCAAAAGUCACCGCGGGGAUGAGGAGGAGGAGGAGGAUGAGGAGGAAAAUCUCCAUGAAAAGGUUUAGAAACUGGGUUUUCGACUCAAAUCUCUUUUACAGUUUGAACAAAAGAGCUUUUUCUUCUUUUUUCUUGGCGUGAUUUGGAGGGAAACUGGCUGGCGGGAUAAACGGAUGGAGGAGCGGCGGUGGCGGCGGAAGCCUCGCCUCCACCUUCGCUUACUUUGCACUAUAUUAGUGCAGCAUGAUAUGCACAUGUGACUUCUACCUUCGAUUGCCAUAAACACUGCCUCUUCCACGACGCGGGGCGCUAACAGCUAACAGACUCCAGCGUCCAGCGACAGCCACGCUCCGUGCGUUCACUCGGGAAUAUUGUGACUUCAGCUCAGAGGAAACGUGAGGAGCCCUAAACUGAUCUGAGGAGAAGUUACAUGUGACCUUUCUCUCAUAUCUACUGUCUCUGACUUCAUAUCAUUAUGGAUUUUUAUGGUGUAAUAUGGCGUUUUAUGAUCUCUCAGUUGUGGCUAAUAAUCUCAAUAAUCCAGUGUUUCUUCACUUGUAUUUUUCAAUAUCAAUUUUACUUUCAUCCUCAUAGUUCCGAGAAUAUAUCGCUCAAUUUUGCCUUUUUAAAGACGGAACUGCGUCUCAUAUUUUUCCUCAUCAUUAAUCAUGACUAUUUUGGGAUGAGAUGGUGGAUCUUUUUCUCGAGUGAACGCACUCAGCACCGCAGCUGAGGAAGUACAUGUAGAUGAAACAAGUAACUUGCGCUUCUCGGAUCUCGUCCGGUGUCACCGCCUCUUUUGUCGAAUCAUAGAUUCAUGGUGAAGCAUAAAUAUGUUUCGGGAGUCGUGAGUGGAAGUCAUGGCUACUGGAAUAAUAAAUCCCUGAAUGAUGAGACAGAUGCAGUGAGACUGAAGAGAAAUGAACAAAUAAAGAAAUGGAUUUAAAAAUAUAUAUAUAUAUAAUACUCAUCACUGAAAAGGAAAUAUGAGCCUGAAGUCCAGGUGAAUAACAGGAACACGACUUGAGAGAUGAGUUUUAUUGAAUUGUUGGUUAAAACAAGUUCCAUUUCUGCGAUGAAUACUCUCAACAAAGCAUAACUUUAAUUGUAACUAUACAUUUGAUAAAUAAAAUAAUAUUUUAAAGUUGCACUUGUGAGAUUUGAAGUUGUAAAGAGGAGAUUUUUAACUCUAAAUAACCAAAUGAAGGGGUCACCACUUUUUUUUCUUUUUUUUUAGAUCAAAUUCACCUUUUUAUUGUCACAAUUUGUUUGGCUUCUUUACUUAAUUUGAAUUUAAAUCUGGACUGUGCGACUGAUGAUGUCACAACUUGGAGAAUAUUCAAUCCUAUUCUGAAGUUAAAGGUAAAGUCAAAAGCAAUAAACGUAAACAUUCCCGUUUUAGUUCCAUGAAUUUCCACCUUUGGUUUCUCACGUGAACAACAUGAAUCCUGGGAUGUUGCUUUGCGUCUUGCGUGGGCUGGUUAAGUCGACUCCAGCUCUGGAAGGUCCUGCGGUCACAGACGUGCGCUAGCAUUGCCAUCUGCUCAUAUCUGCCUUACCGACUUCAACAACAAUCUCCAUUUAUCUUCACGCUAAAGCUUUUUUUCUAUUUUCGCGCCGUAACAUCACUUCCGUUCACUCGAGGCGAAAUCUAUCGGAAACUGUACAAACUGACAUGUUCAUAGCUUCGGCGAACGCGGUGCGGAGAAUGUUUACGUUUGUCGUCGGAAUUGUAAAUAACAUUUUUAUUCUGAUAUUUUGGGGGAGGGAGGGCGGGAAGUGGGGGUUGCGAAGUACGUAUGUGGACAUUUAUUUUGUAUUAUCGCACAGACAAAUGUUUAUCGCGAGUGUACGAUAUUGCUUACUGUUGUAUUCACGAUGCAAGUGACGUGACAAAAGACGGAGGGAAAAAAACACACUGAGUGAUCGGAUGUUUUUGUACAGGUUGUUUAUAUGUUCGGGACGAAAAUAAACAAGGUUGUAAACACAUGCUGAAUCUGCGUCUUUGUACACACACGCUGAGCCAUAACAUUAUGACCGCAGGUGAGCAGCUAUCGUGUUUUUGGCUCCUCAUCUUCACACAUGAAACUCUACA